AUGGGUCACCACCACGGCGGCGGCGUAGGCUGCUGCUGCUGCGAGCUCUGCGGCGCGCCCGCGGCCGUGCACUGCGUGGCGGACGCGGCCUUCCUCUGCGCCGCCUGCGACGCCAAGGUGCACGCCGCCAACUCCAUCGUGUCGCAGCACCGCCGCACGCGCCUCCUUCUCGCGGCCGUGGGAUCACCGGCGCCGGCGCCGGACGAGGACGGGUACGAGUCCGCAGCGAGCUCCUGCGUGUCCACGACCGACUCGGCCGGGAGAGGGAGCCCGAGCCCGGGCGCGCGCGCCGAGGAGGUGCUCGAGGGGUGGGCCAAGCGGACGGGCCUCGUGUCGGGGUCGGCGGCACGCCCGUGCGCCGCGGCGGCCGCGCGGGCGCUCCGGGCCUGCGCCCACGACCUCGCCUCCGCUCGUGUCCCGCCGCGCGUCGCCAUGGCCGCCGCGCUGUGGCGGGAGGUGGCGGGGCGCGGUGGGAUCGGCGGCGGGGGCGGGGGUGGGGGCGGCCACGGCGAGGCGCUGCGGCGCCUGGAGGCGUGCGCGCACGUGCCGGCGAGGCAUGUGGUGGCGGUCGGCACGUCCCUGGCGCGCGCCCGCGCACGCAGGCGGAGGUGGGCCGCCACGGACGCCGUGGAGGGUUGGGAUGAGUGCGCGUGGGCCGGACCCAAGUCGAGCCCGGCAUGUUCUUGA